AAAAGAAGGGUUUACACCGUACUGGGUAGGUAAAGGUACCGUACCGAAACACUGAACCGGUUGUGUCAUGUAUUUUAAGCAACACAUCAGAACGCUCACCGAGUCGCUGAAUUACUCUGCAGCCCAUUGAAAGUGUCUCGAGUCUCCCGCUCAAAACUAAGUCCCUCUGGACUCUGAGAAACGAUGGCGUCUGCAAGACUUCGGCGCGCAUUCCGCUAUCCAGAUGAUUUGGAAGAUGAUGAGUAUGCUCGCGAGGAGUUGGAUGAAGAAGGUCUGUGUGAUCGAUUAGCCACCGAGGAAGAGCAAGAGCGCGUAAUCCAAGCCCUCAAACUACUCAACGAUAGACGAAAUUCUGAAUAUAGUAUUAUCUUCGCCGCCAUCCCCCUCUUGUCCGCGGCCAUCUAUCUUCCCCCAAUGCUGUCCAGUUCAUCCGCCACUAUCGACCGGUGCGUAGCCCUUGUGAGUGUACUGUCUCUGUUGGCAACCGCCCACAGCAUGGGGUAUCUACCGCAUCGACGUCGCGACAGCAAGAGCAAAAGACGCAUGAUGGACUCGAAUGGCCUCACCCAAGCCCAGCAACUUCUUCCACUCGUCAAUGCAGCGAGCUGCAUACUAUUAGUGCUAAUCCGCUUGGAACUCCCUUCCAAAGAAUCUUGGUUCAGCACCGGGCUGAUUACAUCCUCGGUUCCUGGAGCAAUCUUAGCAACUGUGUGGGUCGCGCGCAGGGUCAUGUUGUCCGUUGAUAUCAAGGAUCUUGAAAAUCUUCGAUACAAUUAUAAAGGAGCCUAAAGCCUCCCUCUAAACCCAUUGGUUCGAGGCCGAGGAAGGAUUCCUAGCUAACCGAAGAAGAGGCAACACCUACCAGCGCAUCUACUAGGCAAUCAUGACAGUGACGUCUGCUUGUUAUUGCAACCUUCAAAAGCAUAAGGA